UAAUUAAUGAAAUCUUUUCCACUAAGGCAAAGAAAAAGUAAUUUUUCUCUGAAAAUCAUAGCUGUAAACAGACACUAAAAUGGCCCUGGUAGACAAGUCAAUUUCGUUUAAUGGAACAUGUUCAGUUGAAGAAAAAAAUCACUUUGUUAAUCAUUCAUAUAACCUUCUUAAAUUUGCCAAUGAAGCAAGACAAGAUGGUCGUUUUAAUGACAUCACCAUUCAUUUUGAAAAGAAACUUAUCAGAGCAAACAAGAUGGUUCUUUCUUGCUAUUCUGAAUAUUUUAACGCCAUGUUUAACACUGAGUUGGACGAAAAGUAUAAAGAUGAUGUUGAAGUUCAUGGUGUAGAACCAGAAAGUUUUGAGAAACUUGUUGAUUUCAUGUACACAGGAAAAAUCAACAUCAACACCAACAAUGUGUGUGAACUUCUUGCAGUUUGUGAUUACCUGCAAGUAUUAGCUGUCAAAGAACUUUGCAUUAGGUAUUUGUCGAAAAUGAUGUCUCCACAAAAUUGCAUCACAAUUCAAGUAUUGGCCGACCGUUUCACCAUUCCACAAAUAACUGAGCAAUUCAACAAAUGUUUUGUUACAAAUUAUCAACAAGUUGUUUCUAGUAAACAUUUCAAGAAACUUUCAAAAGAUGAUGUCAUCAAGUUACUACAGUCAACACAUGGCAAGGUUUCUUCAGACUUGCUUUAUAAAGCUGUUAUGAACUGGGUGAAGCUUGAUCUGGCUUCAAAUGAAAAUUAUUUGAGUGAAAUCAUCAAAUUCGUCGAUUUUUAUCAAAUGUCUCCAAAGAUGCUUCAAAAUGAGGUUUCUGUUGAGCCUCUCAUAAGAAAACUUGGUGAUUUGAGUUAUCCGUUAUUUGAUGCUGUGCUGCAACAAUCAAAGAACACAGAGAAAUCUCUCAUAUCACUUAGUGGAACAAAUAUUCUAACCAAAGUAACAAAGUUUGAUUUACGAACAAAACAAUGGAGUCAACUUCCGGAUUUACCAGUUGGUCAAGAUAAAGCAGCGGCCGUUGUCAUCGAUGAUGUUCUGUAUUAUCUUGGGGGAGAUGCAAUGAGGAAUGGUAGAUGCACAACUAACAUUGUUCAUCGAUUAAAAUUAAAAGGAAAAAUUUUAAAAUGGGAGAAGGUAGCUCCAAUGAAUGUUAAGCGAUGGGGAUUUGGUGCUGCUGUUUUAAAUGGUACUAUCUUUGUAUUUGGUGGAGCUGACGAUCGGCUUGCAAAAGUUCUAUCGGGAGAAUAUUAUGUUGUUUCACUCAAUAAAUGGAUUAAACUUAAACCAAUGAAGAUUGCCAGACAUGGCCAUUCUAUUGUUGCACACAAUGGUCAUUUGUAUUCACUUGGUGGACACAGUGGUAAACAAAUUACAUCUUCAGUAGAACGAUAUGAUCCAUUAUUAGAUGAGUGGAAAGAUGUUGCUCCAAUGCAAACACGACGUGGUUGGUUUGCUGCUGUAGUGCUUAACAAUGCUAUUUAUGCUAUUGGUGGUUAUGAUGGAAAUGAAAGUCUUUCAUCUGUUGAGAAAUACAAUCUUAAUAAUGACACAUGGGUUUAUGCGAAGGAUAUGAAAAUAGAAAAAAAUCGUCAUUCAGCUUGUGUUGCACAAAACAAGAUUUAUGUAGUAGGAGGUGUGAAUUCUAAUGGCAAAGUUGUGAAAUCAAUUGAAUAUUACGAUGAUCAAACUGACAAGUGGAGUGUUGUUGGUGAAACUGAAGUUGAAUUAUACAACCAUUCUCUGGUUGCUGUUUAAACAGCAAAGAGGGACAGGGACAUGUACCUUUCAUCAAGACAAUGUUAAAAUUCGAUCUACAGCAAGCAACAGCAUUUGCGAGGUCUAGACUGAAAUCAAACCUAGUACUUCUUUUUCUAUCCCUAAAAAAACUUUUGUUAUUGUUACUGUAUGACAUUUGGCUUCGGUAUAAACCUAGAUUACGGCAACUCAAAAUGCAUUUUUUAAAUUAUACUUUCCAUUUUGAUUUUAACAAAUGUACACAUUUGUGUUUUACCAUUUAUUUCUAGAUGUUAAUUUGAAAGAUUAUAAUGCUGUGACAUGCGUUAAGCAAUAUGUAUGACAUUUUGAUGGUUGGUAUAAUUUUUAAAACUUUUUUUUUUAUAAUUUUUAUCCUUUCUUCAAAUUAAAAAUUAAUUUGCUGUGGCCAAUACUUUUUUUAUUCUAUAAAUUUUCACAAAUUUUAUCCUUAGCAUGUCGUAAACUACUGCCAUUUUACAGUUUAACUACCUCCCCUGUGUAUUUACAUACUAAUUGGAAUAAAGUUAAAUGAAUGUGUUGUACUAUGAAUAUUACACGGAUACUUGGGUACAAUUAUAUGCCUGUGAA